UGUAGAUAAAACAUUCUCGGUGCGUACGAACGUAUGAUUCAACGCUGAGUUGUAGUCUAGAGGAAACGGUCUUUGUCAACACGUGAAUAAUUGAAUUAUGUCGUGAAUAACGUGAUAGUUGACCAUCUUGUGACUUGAACAUAAGUUCUCUCAUUAAAUUACUUAGGAUAACCUAUUUUUGACAGAAAGAAAAUUUCAUUCAAUUAUAUAACCUUAUUAUUCCACUGGAAUAUUACGUCUAAGUUGGCUAUUUAACUAGCUUACGUAAGUAAGAAAUAUGAUAGAAAAUAUGUGUAAGUGAAAUACGUUAAACAAAAGCGUAGAGAAUUGUUUUUAUCAACUUGCGUUUACGAAACUUACAUACUGAAAUAUAUUUUUUAAACAGAACCAGAUAUGGAUAAAUGAUUUAUGAUGAAGGAAUUUUUAAAAAAUUCCGGUAAUCUUGGAAUGUAACGUUUUGAAUAGAUCUACUAAGAGUCUUCUGUCUAAACCUAAACAAGGAUACUUAUAUAGACCCGACCCGUCUUCAAACACGAGUCUUCUACCAUUUUAGUCUCAAAGAAUAGUCACUCCUUUCGAAAUAAUGCUCUUUCUGACAUCACUGGUUAUGCUUAUUUCCUCCUUGUUUCUGCCUGGAAUGGUUUCAGGAUUUUUAAUGGCUUCCCAACAAGAAGCAAAUCGAGGCCCACGAUUUUUGGAAGAACCGCCCGUUUUAGUGGAAUUUGAUAAUAGCAGUGGUGCUGUGGUUCCAUGCACUGCUGAAGGAAAUCCUAACCCCCUUGUUGAAUGGGUCUUGCAAGAUGGUUCAAAAGCUCACGAUUUAGCUGGAUUACGACAUUUUCAGCCAGAUGGGUCUCUUGUUUUCCCCUCUUUUAGAGCAAAAGAUUUCCAACAAGACGUGCACGACGCCAUCUAUCGAUGUAUUGCUUACAACACUAUCGGGAAAAUAAGAAGUCGGGACGUCCGAGUAAAAGCUUCAAUACAACAGGAUUAUAAAGUUCAAUUAUUUGACGAGUUUGUUAUUAGGGGUAAUACAGCAGUGCUUAGAUGCCACGUGCCCUCAUUUGUUCGAGAUUACGUCACGUUCACCUGGGAAAGAGACAACGGAAUACAAUUGACAUCAACAACUUUACAAGUAGGUGGAAAGUACAGUAUUCUCUCCUCGGGCAAAUUAUAUAUCAGAAAUGUGACACCAGAAGACGAAAGAGCCAUAUAUCGUUGUCAUACUCACCAUCGCUUGACCUCAAAAGUUGUAAGCAGCUCCUCUAGUGGACGACUAAUUGUUAGAGAACCUCAGAGUAAGUCAAUACCAAACAUCGUAGAUAGACAAAUUCAAGUGAGAGCUAGAGAGGGAGAAACAGUUGAACUAGGAUGUGCUGCUCAAGGCUUUCCUGUCCCAGCAUACAGGUGGUACAAGGAUGGUAAAUUACUUUAUGGAGAGCAAAAUGUGCGGCAUGGUGGUGAUUCAUUGAUUUUCCAGUAUGUGAGUUCGUCUGACUCUGGCAAUUAUGUUUGUGUGGCGAAUAAUACACAAGGAGAAGAAAGAGUAGAUAUGAGCCUUAUUGUUUCAGCUCCCUUCUCUGUUCACGUCACACCUCAGUAUCAUGUUGUUGACGUUGGUCAAUCCACCACACUAAACUGUUCUUUAACCGGUUAUCCGGUCCACAAGAUCAAAUGGAUGAAAAAUACAGUCCCCCUGGUGACAAAUCCAAGGAUCAGAAUCUUAGAUCAAAAGAUACUACACUUUUCUGCUGUAGAAAGAGAAGAUAGAGGGAUGUAUCAGUGUUUUGUUUAUAAUGACAAAGAAUCAGCGCAAGGAACUUCAGAGUUGAAACUUGGAGAAGUCACCCCGGUAAUUUUAUCAGCUUUUACUGAGCAAGUCUUGAAACCUGGAGUAGAUCUUUCGUUAAGCUGUACUGCCACAGGAAACCCUAUACCUCAAAUUACUUGGACAUUGGAAGAGCUUGGCAUACCGGAGCUAUCCAGGAUUCGUUUAGGCGACUAUGUGACCUCUAGAGGUCAUGUGGUUAGUUAUGUUAACAUCAGCAACGUAAGGGUGGAAGACGGGGGAGAAUAUACGUGUAUGGCAACAAAUAUGGCUGGAGUGGUGACGCAUUCAGCGACUGUCAGUAUAUAUGGUCCUCCAGUAAUUCGGCCGAUGAGGAACCUUUCAGUUUUGUCAGGAGAAACUAUGACGUUGCGAUGUCCAGUAGCAGGUUAUCCAAUCAAAUCAAUGACAUGGAUACGAGCUGGCUCUCAGCUGCCUGUUUUACUUCGUCAGAAACUAAAACCUGGCGGGAAACUUCUCGUGAAGAACGUGGAACGUGUGCCAGAUGAAGGAGAGUACACCUGUAUAGCAAAAAAUCCUGAUGGAGACAGCGCAAGUGGUAAAGUGUUUGUCUCAGUGAAAGUGGCACCUCACAUCGACGAAGAAUUCUUUCCUGAGAAACGAACAGCGACUGAAGCUGAGAGUGUAAAACUGUUGUGUAGUAUUGUUAAAGGUGAUCCACCAAUAAGUAUCACUUGGGAUAAAGAUGGCGUUCCUAUAAGCCGAGAGAGGCAUAGAAGAAUUCAAAGCUUGGAGGAUUCAUCCUUGCUGAUCUUAAAGCACCUGAAAUACAGGGAUUCUGGAAAUUACACGUGUCAUGCAUCAAACUCAGCGGCAACUGUUAGUAGAACAACGGCCAUGAUUGUGAACGUUCCGCCACGUUGGCUGAUAGAACCGAUCGAUAAAGAUGUCAUUCGAGGAGAAAGAGUGGCGAUUGACUGCAUCGCUGAAGGAUAUCCCCAACCACGAAUCUCCUGGAAAAGGCCCUUAGGGUCACAGUUAAAUGAUUUUCGAGAAGUAUACCCUAAUUAUCGCACACAAGUAUUCAGCAAUGGCACAUUGAUGAUCCAGGACCUGGAAGACAGCGAUAAUGGACACUAUCUCUGUCAGGCAUCUAACGGUAUUGGUAGUGGGUUGACGAAACUCAUAGUUGUCACUGUACAUGCGCCACCUCGAUUUGAGACUACUUUCAUCAGCCAAACUGUUGCAAAGGGUGCUCAGACGGUAUUAAAUUGUGAAGUUGAGGCAGACCGUCCUGUGUUUGUGAAAUGGCAAAAAGACAAACACCCACUAGACAUAAAAACAGAGAAAAGAUUCUCCAUGAAACAGGCGGUGACUAAAUCCAAAGUACAAUCAAGUCUUGUAAUUUCAUCCUCACACAGAUACGACUCAGCUCUUUACACAUGUAUGGUAAAAAACGAUUAUGGUUCUGACGAAACAAACAUUCAGCUCAUUGUGCAAGAGCCACCAAGUCCACCUACAGACGUUACUAAAAUGUCAGUAGGUAGUCGGACAGUAGAGUUGUCAUGGAAACCAUCGUACAGCGGAAACAGUGCCAUCACAAAAUACACUGUUGAAUACAAAAAUAUUUCAGACGAUUGGAACCAUUGUUUGCAAAUUAGCGUUUCUGGUUUCGAGACGUCAGCUACCAUCAGAAAUCUAUUUCCGGUUUCUUCAUAUGACUUACGAAUCAUAGCUGAGAAUUCGCUCGGUAAAAGUAAGCCGAGUGAAGUUUUAACCUUAGUUACAGCGGAAGAAGUUCCUGGUGGUCCGCCAUUAAACGUUAGAGUUGAAGCUAAUGGAGCACAUUCUUUAAAGGUCACAUGGAAGCCUCCUCAAAAGCAUUUACUCCACGGCAAGUUACAGGGUUACUAUCUAGGAUAUAAGCAAAAAGACAGCAUAGAAUCAUUCCAGUAUAAAACUAUAUUGAGUCCUGGAAGUGGAGAUGUGACAAGCUACCUUACAAACCUUCGACGUCUUACAACUUACAACAUUCUAGUACAAGCCUACAAUAACGCAGGAGCUGGACCUCAGUCUGAUAAAAUCCAGGCUACAACCUUAGAAUCAUCUCCUCCUACCUCCCCGGGAUUGGCAGUGGUAUCGACAACAUCAUCAUCUAUUACUAUCGAAUGGGAGAAGAGCGGUGACUCUGAACUUAAAAAUUAUAUUGUUCACUACAAGGCAGAAGAAAAAGGUUGGAUGAAAGAAAGAAUAACUACGAAAACUCACAAAUACACUCUAAAAAGCCUUCAGUGUGGUACCCGUUACAGACUUUACAUGACAGCAUCCAACAGCCUUGGCACAGGAGAACCAAGUUCAACAGUUAUAGGCCGAACCAAAGGAGGAGCUCCUGUGUCUCCACACAAGAGAACGUUUCUGUUAAUAAACGCAACUUCUGUGACUUUAAACACGAGUUCCUGGGAAGAUGGAGGUUGCCCUAUACAAUAUUUCUCCAUUCGAUAUCGGCCCACUUUUCAUCAUGUGUGGAAUACUGUAGCUUCUCGAAUGAUGGCGCUGCAGAAGUUCUUGAAAAUAGGACAUCUAGCGCCUGGUCGGGAAUACAGUCUCUUAGUUAGUGCACAUAAUGAAGCAGGGACUACGGAAGCUGAAUAUACAUUUCAGACGUUGAACUACACGUUCUUUGCCUCAGCAGCAACGUUGCCUCCGCCAGCAAAGCCUCCAGCAGGCUGGGAUUCAACUUUACCCUUUUACAGAAACCUGACUGUGAUAUUACCGGUAAUAUUUUCCAUCAUCGUGCUUCUAGUGGUCACCAUUGUUGUUUUAGUGUGCUUGAAAAGGCAGUCAGAUGACAGCACAGGGAAUAGCAGCGGAGAUGGUCAACCACGAAAGAGUAGACAAGUUGAAAACGUGGGAAUGGCAGAGUUUCCCCAGAAACCACCGAAAGAAAUGGAACCAAUUUAUAAGCCAUCUUACUAUUCAUCACCGACUAGAAAGCCUACCCCUGUUGCCGCUAGAGGUCGAAUGCGUCGGAGAGACGAGACCCAUGAGUAUGCUGAGCCCUAUGCUUCUGUACCACCUCCACGAUGUGUUGUAGACGAGGGCAGCUGCCCAGUAAUGAUAUCUAUGGCUCAAACAAGAAACGAUGGUCCAUAUGCUACAAUAAAAAGAAGUCCACCGAGACCUGUUUGUUAUCUGCCUCCAAUGAGCCAAGAUGUUAAGCUAAGAUCAGCACAACAGGUCAUCUCUCCAGAAAGAUCGGGUCCGUGUUGUCAAUCCGCCUCUAGUCCAUCUGGCUCCAGUGGAGAGAGGCCAAGUAGCAUGUGAAGUUGCUGUUACCAUGGGUCUUCCUCUAUUUUCCUUACACGGCGUCAGAAUUUUGUUCCUAUUCCCUAGUGUGAUUGUCUUCCUGAGUUCCUCAGUACAGAAACAAGACUAAGUACUUACAUCUCUCCGUCCUUAUCUUUUGAGAAAUCCUUGAAUUUUGUUUUCUCCAUAUGUUAAUCAAAAACUCUCCAGUGGAAAAAAGUUACAAAAUAUUAAUGGUUGCAUUCCUGACGUAAUGUGUAAAACCUUUAAAAAUUAUAAACAAUCAUAGCACCAGUUUCAUUAUUAGCCAUCAAAAAGAGUUAUAUUUUAUUGUUCUUAUUUCAUUCUCGUCUUUAAUUCUUUCUUUUUUGUCUCAAACAAUCAUGCAUUUAUUUGCAAUAUAAAAACUCAUUUAAUCAUUUUAAAUAAUAAGUGUCUAUUGCAAGAUUUUUUAUCUGGUUGCAUCUCACUCUAAGUAGCUUGAGAGUUGGACAGAUAGAAACUCUCUUGUGCAAUGACAGUAAAAAAACUCCACUUUAAUUUUAAUGGCUUAAGAAAGUAUUGUGAAGUAAAUUUUGAUAAAUUCAGUUAACUUACUUUACUAUUCAUGAGAGGAAAAGUCGCAUCCUAGAUUUUAAAAGUUGUCAGAUUUUGUACAUAGAUUAAUAUAAAUACAAAUAACGUGUACAAAUCUUGGUACGAAUGUACCUUGAACCAGAAAGACGAUAAUUUAGCCUCUGCUUUAACAAAGUAUUUAUAUUAAUUUGUUUUGCUAUUAUUUUUCAACAAAUGGAGGAGCUAUAGAGCUUGAUAGUGUAGCAGAUGUUUCAGGUUCUUCUAUAUAAGUUUGAGAUUAAAACUCACGAAAACCACUGAAAAUAAUAGGAAUCACCACAUAACGAUAGGCAGUUAUCUUAAUAUCAAUAAAUACAUAAAAGCACAAAGCGCAACCAAACACAGUAACUAUUCUUGAUGUUUGUAAUAUGGAAAUCAAAAGUCCGGCGAACAAUUAUCAAAGUCAGAACACACACAAAAAAACAGAAUUUUGGUUUCAGGUGCGUCAAAGAUUUCACUCAAACAUUAGAUGUUUAUUAACGGUACAAUUAUUUAAGAAGUAAAUUAAAGCAGCCAAAAUUUAGUAAUUAUUUUUUUCCUUACAUACGUAUAUGUAUAUAUAUAAGAAAAGGUAUGUGAUGACAGUUGUGUAAAACGUUAACUGCGUCAGGAAAAAUGUUUUAAAGGCGUGAUAAGUCACAACAGACACCAGACUUAGAGUAAAUCUGACGUAGAAUCUAAGAAAAGAUAAUGAAUGUGUUAAAAGAUAAGAUUGUAAGUGAGGUAAAGGUUUUCCACAAACAAGAAGCUUUCCAUCAUUUUAUAUGCCCUCUACCUAUAGAUCAUUUUUCCAUUUACUGCAAGAGUAUGUCUUAGAACUUUAAAGUGAGUUGUUUAUCUUUUAUCGAUGUUUCUGGAGACUUACCAUCUAAAAUUUACAUGUUGGACAAUAGUGGACGGACCUGAGUUGCAAAUCAGAGAUGCCACUAUUAAGUAAAAAUAAGAAUGAUAUCCUGAAGCUUGUAUUCUUUUUAUACCAAGUUUUCAUGAUCUUAAAACUAUAGUUUAACUAAGUUGUUUUACUACAGCUGAAAAUUAAACUUGGAUAUUUAACCACUAACAACUGUUGAUCUAGAAAAAGUAAACAUAAACUUUUAAAUUAUUGGUAUUCGUAAUUUUUGUAGUUUUACAAUUUAAUUGCCGUA